AUGCGAACACGCUUUCUAAACAACGACUACUUCACACUUCCACCAUUGCAUCCCCCUUUCCUCCACCUUCCCGUCCCUCGUCUCCCUACACCGCCGUCCACCACCGCGAACCACCACCACCACCACCACCUCUUCACUCCUCUCUCCAAUCUCUCCCUCCACCUCGAUCCUUUCCCGAUCGAAUCCGCUCUCUCCUCCUUCCUUUCCGCGGUUCUCCCUCACCAAAUCAGCGUCGAAGAGAACGAUCUAACGGUUUUGAAUCCAGAUCGUGAUUCCUCCGUUGCCGAAUUUCGAAAUUGCGAGGAGCUAGAAGCAGAUUUUAUCUUUGAAGAUCAUGUCUCCAAUGCUGAUAUUGAAGUUUCCAAAGAGAGUGAAACGGUUACUCGUGGUGAUGAAAACAAAGUUGUUUAUGAACCAAUUCAAUUCGAAACACCUGAGCAGUUGGACACACUCUUGGAAAACGUAUGCUUCACUGAGAAGGAGAGGAUGGAAAUGCUGUCUAAAACUCCAGAGGUUGAAAAUUGCAUGGAAAUGCUCAUGCCUGAGUCAUUGAGGCAGUACCCUUACGAGGAUCUAGAAUCAGUAUCAAGGAUUGAGGAUGUUAUUUCUGAGUACCUGAAGGGGGAGAAUGCAUGUGCUUCAGAAGGUAAUAUACCUGUUCAGCACCUGGCACACUCUGAGAAAAAGAUGUUUCUCAUUUUGGAAGUGGAUGAGGAAAGUUUGGGAAUUCCCACAAGCUUAUCUAUGGUAGAUAUCGUUGAAUCAUAUUUCGGGAAUAUCAAACCUCAAAGUUUUGAUGAACGAUAUCAGUCGAUAACAGAGGGCAACGAACUUUUGGAUUCUGAGAUGCAUGAAAUGGUGAAGUUGUUUUCUGAAGACUGUGUAUCAAAGAAGAGUUUGGUGUUAUCAGAUAUAUUUCCUGAAAGAGAUUUUAUAAAUAUGUUGGAAAGUGAACAUGUGGAUAGGAAUGUUGCCCUGGAUGGGACAUUGCAGUCUAAUAAUGCUUUGUUAGUUAACUUAAUUACCUUCCAGGAGUUCGUGUUCUUUGAUGAGGACAUGAUUAAUACCUUUGAAGCUUUUUAUGACACAAAAGCAUCAAAUGAUCUUGAAGAAACAAGUUACUGGAUGUUCAAGAAAGAGUUUAACUUUAAGAGUUUUGAUGAAUUGAUUGUUAGUAAUGAGAUGGCAUUAGGAGAUGACAAAUUCAAAUCUUUGCCUGUACCUGUAAUCUCUGACCACAAAAAAAUGAUAUAUGUACAUGAUAUCAUUGAAGAACUAUUUUCCAACAUGAAGGUCCAAACCCUAUCUGCAUCUGAUGGAAUUUACUUAAACUGGGAUCUACUGGAAGAAGAUAAAUGCAGUUACAAUAUAUCUAACUGGUAUCAUACCAUAUGGGCCAAGAUAGAUAUGAACAACCAUGAUUUCGGAGAAGAAUCUCUUGACAACAGGAAAUCGAUACUUGAGUUGGUUUUCUUUGGUGAUACUUCAGGGGCUUGUGACCUUCAAAAUAGUGAAGAGUUGCAGAAGUUGCUUUCUGAAUGCAUUUCUCAGCUUGACAAUCGGCUUGUAGAAUUUGCUGCGAACACACUCUUAGAACAUGGGUCUUCCAAUAAAGGAUGCCGUGAACAAUUACCUGAAAAAAAGGCACAGAGGGCUUCAUCAUUAUUUAAGUCUACGUCUGAAAUCAGAAACCUUAGUCAUACUACAGGUAAAUGUGACCUUCAGCAAAGUGAAGAGUUGCAGAAGUUGCUUUCUGAUAGCAUUUCUCAGCCUGACAACCAGCGUGUAGAGUUUGCUGCAGGCAAAGCAGUAGAAAAUGGAUCUUCCAAUGAAGGACGUCGAAAACAGUUACAGGAAAUAAAAGCAGAGAGGGCUUCAUUAUUAUUUAAGUCUAUGUCAGAAAUCAGCAACUUUGAUUAUUUCUUAAACCCUCAAAAAGCAACUUCCAAGGAGAGUUGUUGUUUUGGAGCAGACUCCGCCAAUGCUAAUGUUAGUAUUCCAAAAGUUACAUCCACUGCAUUGAAAGCUGGUCUACAAUCACAAGGGUGGCACACUGUUCUGCAUAAAGUUAAGCUGUCUGACAAUAUUGUGGCACUUGCUAGGUAUUUUGAAAAAAGCUAUGUGGCCAUUUUGCAGAGUGAUACAGAGCUGGCAAAGACACAUAAAUUGGAUGUACAUUAUUUUGAAUUGCUGAGUCUUCAAAAACACAAGCUGAUUGAAUUCCAUGUAAAUGGAAAUAAUAUGGCGUUUAUUGUGUUAAGUGCAAUUAAACAGGCAGUUUGGUACUUGUGUUUCUAUGGUCUCAACCCAGCAUGCUUGUAUGUAGACAAACUAUGUCAAAACAUAGACUACUUGAAAUCAAGAUUAGGCGUCCUCCAAUCUUUGAUCAAAGAUGAAAAUAGGAAGAUGGAAAGCAAUAUUUCUAUGGCACACUCGUCGCUGAUAACUGUCAGGGAAAUUUUACAGGCAAACAUCAAACAUGAUAGUUUGAAAGCUUUAAUUGUGGCUGAAGAAGUAUUCUGGGGGUCUUUGAAAAGUCUCCUUCUCUUCCUGGGGUUAUCAUUCAGUGAACUAAAUACUUCUUACAGAUGUCAGCCAUAUGCAAAUAAUCUUCCUGGUGACACUAAUACUAAAAUGAAGGGACUUCUGAGUUCAGACUGCUUGCUGGUUUCAUACAGGAAUGUUUCUCCAUUGUUUCCAUUCAACAAAUUUGGCAUUAUCUUGGAAUAUGGUGGUCCAAAUGACUCAUCUAGAAUAUCUGAACUUCCAUCAAACUCGGUUGGAUUGCCUACUCUUCAUUUUUUGACGGUUGAAUUGGAUGACCAUGCUGCUCUUAAAGCAUUCUGUCAAGGUGUUGAAUUGCCCCCAUACUCUGAAAUGUUGCUGGAAACUGAGGCUCCUCUUCUUUUCAAUCACAAGGAAAGUAUGGUGAAUCGAAAAUUAGAGCGACUACUGAAUUUUUAUCCUGUAGAACAGAGAUAUGAUAUAAAUUCUUCAAAGACUGCACUUGAAGCAGACAAUUUUGUGCCUCUAAUUCCUGCUGUGAAAACUGAUCAUAGCCAUCAAAGCUUGGAAUCUUUUUCUGGAUCGGUCAUCAUUGUGAAUACUCAAAAUGUAGAUAAGGAAAUGAUAGUGUCUAGAAGAAGUUCUUACCAAGUAAUUCUUGCGAUGGAGAAAGGAGGAAUUCAAGUUGUUGAACGUGAUUUAGAUUUACCAGUGGAUAUUAUAUUAAGUUCAGCAGUUUGCUUGGCAUGGUAUGAUAGCAGAAACCUAGGGAAGAAAGCAACUCCAGCAACUGAGGCAUCUUCAAGUUUGUCAUUAUGUGUUGAGAAUAUUGCAACUGACAUUCUUCCGUUGCUUAGUUUUUACUUCCGUGGCUGCUUUCUGGUCUUUGAAGGAGAAUUUAACUUUCUUUCAACUGUUAUGGAGUUUUCGGAUGGAUUUUAUGCAGCAGCAACAAGUCUGGGAAUUGAUUUGCAGAUUUUCUUCUCGUACUCACCUGAGUUGACCAAUGAAGUUAUGAUAAACUGCAUUAAGAGUACUGCCAUUCUGACAAGGGGUUUGUAUCCUAAAAUGCCUGAUUCAGUAACUCUUGCUGAGUCAUUUCUUACGCAAUUUCCUGGAAUAAAUCCUUUGACAGCACAUUCUAUACUAUCUUUAGGGGUCACACUUCAUGAGUUUCUUGCUUGGUCACACGAACAAAGGAUACGUGUUUUGGAAAAAUAUCAUGUUCCAGAAGAAAGUCUUUCCCUAUUGAGUGUUUUCUGCAGAUAUGGUGAACGGGAGGAUUCAAAAUCUAUAAUGACAGACUGCUCCUCUUCGGUAUCUUCUGGUCCAGAUUCAGAUAGGUGUCGCUUUUAUCAAGCUGACAAUAAAAGAAAAAGAACAAACCCUGUAAUCAAUGGUCAGAAUGAUGAACUGUUGCAAUUCAAAACACUAAACCAUGAUGAGGCUAUCCCAGAUCCAUCUACUUUGCAAAAUCCUUUUAAUCUUGGUAUGUCAAGAGAUGCUGGGAGGUCCAGAGACUUGGGAAAAUCUAGUUUGUACACGAAUGAUGCGUUUUACCAGAAGCAAAGAAACAUUGCGACAACAACGAGAAACCAUUCCAGAGUAUCUCCAUCAUCAUGGAACUGUAAAGCUUCCCAAAUAUCAGAGCAUCUAGGACAUCCCAGUUUUUCUUUGAAAAAUAAAGAGUUGUCUCAAAAUGAAAUAAUGGAUACUGGUUUGAAUUGGCACAACCUUGGUAAUUUUGAGAAGCUGCAUGAGGACAUUAGAGGUGAGGUGGUUGACUUGACUAAUAGUCCACUAUUAGAUGAAAGCUUCUCCAUUUCCGACUCCAUGUAUUUCCCAAAUUUGAUGACCGAGACAGAGAAAGAUCACAUGAGGAAGAAUAAAAUUGUAAGAAAAUUGUCAUUUGAUAACAGUAUUCAACCAGAAACCAACUCAAUAUGGGGAUCAAUGAAUGAUACAGGAGAAAUUGAUCACCAUGAAGAACCAGAUUUUGGAAAAGAUGCAUUUCCUCUUGAUUUCAAUCCCCAUGGGAGUAUUGAUUCAACUCCGGUAAGAAACUUAGGAGGAAUAACCUUCCAGGAGGGAAUGUCGUAUUUGAGCGAAACUCCACUCUCGCGUGUCCGCAGGUCUGGUACUCCGUUAAAGCAUUCCCCCUGGACAACUGAAUUUAUUAAUAAAGUAAAAGAGAAGAGCAAAUUGCGUCAAAAGUCAGUAUUAUCUGGGAAUAUCAGUUCUUAUUUUGGGUACCAGGGGAAUAUUUCGAAAGCUUCUAAGAAGAGAAGUCCCUCUAUACUUGAGUCCUUUAGGUACCAACCUAGUAAAACACCGGGAAAUAUUCCAGAACAGAAAAGACAGAAGCAAUCUGCAAAAUCUUCAAACUCAGCCAAGAAAGGAAGAUAUGCCGUUCCCAUAUCUGCACGGACUCCUAAUGACAAGAGAUCGACACAGACACUGACAUUUGGGAGGAGCGCAACUGGAGGUCAAACUAAGCUGGUCUGGAGUGAUAAAAGAAAAUUUCCAUAUCAGGCAAUGUAAUCUAUCACUGAAGAAUAGAACGAAGAUUUAUAUUAUACGACCCUGUGACCAUAGGCACUGUUAAUUUCAGAAAAUUGAAUUAAUUGCAUGUGACUAUAAUUUGAAAUUUUGGUGCUAUAUAGGUCACAACUGAAGUGAAGUAACAACACCUGAAAAGAAUUAUAGUUCUUACCAUUCUUUAGAUCAUUAUGUAGAACUGGACAUAAUAUCUUUAUCCAUCUAUCUCCGCAUAUUUGAAUUUUUUUUUUUCCUAUUUCUUUUAAUUCAGUAUAGUUGUUCCUUUACUUUAGGAAUGCCACUUCAUUCAACAAUUCAUUUGUUACACAUGCCAUCAUGAUCAUUAUUGAAUGCAAGCAAGUGUUCACAUCACUGUUAAGGGUAGUAAAAAAAUUAAAAAGUUUAUUCAAUUUGGAUCUAUUAUUCCCAUGCUUCAUACUACCUUAGAUUCUUAAAAUCGAUGAAGUUCGCCAGUGUUAUAAAUUCAUAAUACACACACCAAAGGAUAUUUAGUUUUUUAUUCUCUUCUUAUUUUCGCUUUGCAAAGCAGGUAGGAAUUUGACAAAGAUUAAAAUAUUGUGAGAUGUCUAAAUCAAUCAAUUAACUAUGGUUAUAUUCUAAAAGAUAAUGUGGAGGCAGCUAACAUCAGCUCUUUAUUUUCAAUUUUUUCUAUCCCUUUUGAUCUCUACAACAUGCCAAGCAUGAC